CAAUGAGCACACCGAUAACAUUGUCUCUAGCGCCCCACAAUGGAAUGGGAGGCGGAAGACUCAUCACAUCUUCUCAAAUCAGGGGAGUGAUUGUCGAGGUAGCUGUGAGGUCCAAUCAUCACUCACUCCGUCAGGCGUCUCUCCAAUGAAAGAUAUCCAAGGUAUAUUGGCGGUGCGAAAAACAUGGCGGAAAAUUUAAAAGCUUGUAGUGUCCCUUGCAAGCUUUUAUGGGAGGACUUGCAAACUGUCUGCCGUCGAAAGAGGCUCAACUGUAAACAGUUGAGGGUGAACAAGCACAAUUUUUAUGACUUUGAAGUCGAAUACCUUUGUGACUACAAGAAGAAAAAGGAUCAGGAGUUGUACCUUGUGAAAUGGAAGGGCUACCCUGAGUCGGCCAACACCUGGGAACCCAAGAAGAACCUCAAGUGCACAAAGCUGUUAAAGCAGUUCAAUCAGGAUCUGGAACGUGAACAGAGGCGCCUAAAGAGGAAGCGUAACUUUAAAAGCCUCGACAAAGACAUUGUCUCAGUCCUGGUGCAGAAGGCCAAACUACGUAAAAGGCUCCUGCUCUGGGAGGCUGACUUGAACAAGACACGCACACAUCCUGGCCGUAUCCUUGUCCUUAAUGAGGUGGACUUAGAGGGCCCGCCCAAGGACUUCUCCUACAUCAACAACUACAAGGUGGGAGACGGCAUCAUACUAAAUGAGGUGGCAAUAGGUUGUGAGUGUAAGGACUGCUUUAAAGAACCGGUGAAAGGCUGUUGUCCUGGGGCGUCCCUCCAUCGCCUGGCAUAUAACAUCCGGGGCCAAGUACGUGUGCGUGCGGGGGAACCUAUCUAUGAGUGUAACUCUCGCUGCUGCUGCGGCCCUGACUGUCCCAAUCGAGUAGUUCAGAACGGGAUCCAGUUUGACCUGUGUAUCUUUAAAACUGAGAAUGGCCGGGGCUGGGGAGUGCGGACGUUGCAGCACAUCAAGAAGAACACUUUUGUAAUGGAGUAUGUUGGAGAGAUCAUCACAUCAGAUGAGGCUGAGAGGAGGGGUCACCUUUACGACCGACAGGGAUCCACCUACCUUUUUGACCUGGACUAUGUGGAAGAUGUUUACACUGUAGAUGCGGCUUCCCAUGGCAACAUCUCCCACUUUGUCAACCAUAGUUGCAACCCCAAUCUACAGGUGUACAAUGUAUUUGUUGACAACUUGGAUGAGAGGCUCCCACGGAUAGCUUUGUUUUCAACUCGGUCCAUCAGGGCUGGAGAGGAGCUUACUUUUGACUACAAAAUGCAAAUCGAUCCAGUUGAUGCAGAGGGCACCAAAAUGGAUUCAAAUUUCAGUGUUGCAGGACUCCCAAGUUCACCAAAAAAACGAAUUAGGGUAGAGUGCAGGUGUGGAUCUGAUUCCUGUCGAAAAUACCUGUUCUGAUAUGGAAGCAUUCCACUUUGGAACAACUGUCAACAAGAUCUGUAUUUGUAAUGGCUCAGCUUUUAUAUUUGUUUGGCUUUUUUUAAAAGAUGACCCACAUGGCUUCUGUUGAAAUUGCAACUGAUUUUCUGUAUCAUAGAAAAUGACAUGUCUGCCACUUUUGUGAAAUGAUAGUUGUGAAGGAUUUACAGCCUUCACCACCAACAACAACUGUAAAGUCAACAAUGUAUGUAAAUUCUUGUGUGUUUAGUGUCCUGGUGCUUUUAUGGUUUUGAAAUCUGCCCAUUUUUGUGGUGUUGCAUUUCAUUGAUUUGUGAACUACAAUUCAAUCGAGUGACUGGGAAUGUCAUGGGACACUUCAUACCGUUGUGGUAAAACACAUGGUUUGUUAUAGUACAUGUCAGUUGUGUUGUUUCAAAGUCAUAUUCAUGUCCUGAAUCUGUGAGGCCAAAUUUAAAUGUAAUUCUUAUUUUAAACUAAUUUUUAUGGUCAUGUUAAUGUACAAUAUGUUUGUGUUUAAAGUGCCAUGGUGUAAAUUGUAAAUAAAUUUUAAUUAGAUAGUUUAACCCUCACAACUUUUUAAGUAUUCUACCAAUUAACUUUCUUUGUCUUUUUUAAACAUAUUGCAAUGCAAUGUAGAGACACAGUUGCAGCUUGUGAUGUCACAAGGUGUAACUGCCAGGCCAUCUGAGGAUAACUUAAAUACACCACUAGAUGGUGCAAGUAAUCUGAGGCAAUCAAUAUAGCCUACAAAGUGCCUGUUUAGGGGUAUAUUUUUAUAUAUUUCUGAUUAAGUUUUCUCAGCUUUUGGACUACUAAAUGUACAAAAAAGAAUAGACAGAAAUGUAAUAGUACUUUCUUUUAAGAUGCAAUGAUUGGCUUGCAUCUUGUUAGUUUCUACAAAAUGUUUCUUUGAAAACCUUGUAUGAAUGUCAAUUUGCAAUAACUGUUUUCAAACCCAAGCUGUACAAUAUUGUCUGACCAUGUGAGAGAAGGUGUUUUCAAUUAGCAUACACAUUUCUCUUUCUGUACUCAGGAAGUCAUAAAACAUGUAUUUUGAAGUUUAGCAUAUUUCUGUUAGUUAACACAAACUUUCAAUGUUCCUCAUAAGAAGCAAAGAUAAGGAAAUGGAGUAAUGCCAUGACACACAGUCUCCUCUUCUUCCCUUGUCCCUUUGGCUCUGCUUACCUCCCACUCUCAGAUGAAGUCACCUGGACAGACAUAAGAAUGGUACAAUUUCCCCUCUCAGGCUUCAUGAGGCACCUUACAUACACGUCUAACUUUUGUCUUGAGAAUCUAAAAACUGUCCCAUGUUGACUGGCUUCCAUUCCCGGAAGUCUUCAAACAGUCAGCUAUGCUAAGAUUUUGUAUUUUUAACAAAAGGGAUGGAUUUGGUAUGUCUCCCUUUCCUCCAUACCCACAGCCUCUUGUCCCAGUGCUUGGGGUAGCAGAAGACCUGUGGUGUGCAGGGUUGGAGGUCUGCUAAGAGCAGGCCUUUUAUUGGGGCUAUUAUUGGGUUGCAUGGAUUUAUAAAGGAUGAAGGCUCCAAAGACCUAGCAGACACACAUGAGGUUUAGGAAAUGGAACAAGACUUAGCCACACAGGUGUCCAAUGUGUGGGUCAGCCAUCCAUGUUUGCACAAUGCAUAUCUUUCAGUAAAUGCAGUGGGCUACUGACAGUGUAAAUAUUAAAUAGCAGUACUUGUAUUGUUACAAUGUGCUGGAUCUCAACACAAAUGGAGAGGUGAAUUGCACAGCAAUUUGUGAAUUAUAAUGUAAUGCAAAAAUAUAAACAGCAUAUACUCCUGAUAAAAAUCUAUCUUCAUAUCCAUUUGCACAUACCAAUUUAGCUUUACUCAUUGAAAUCUUAAUAGUUUGAAAGGAAGUUUAUUUUUAUUACAAAAACCAACAACAAAAUCAUAAAUGGCCAGAGACAUGCUUAACAGCUCAACCAUUUUUUUUUAUAAUACAGAAAAAGGAAACCACACCAUCUGACUUUCUUUCAUGAUAUUUAGAGGUCUGAGGACAUUACUUCGGUAUCCUUCAAACCUUCGUCAUUAGUAUUUGAUAUUUAACUGCAGGUUGUAGUUUGACAUGUCACGUUCUG